UAUCAGGCUUGAAGGUAGUUAUCGGUGGACAAUAUCUCCAAGUCCCUUCUUGGCGCAUAUUCGCAGGCAUUUAUGUGUCCAUCAUUGUCGACUCGAGGAGACGCUGGAAAUCAGCCGUCAGAGUCUUAUCAUCUGACGGAUCUGUAGCGUGGGGAGAUACUGUCACUCUAUCAUCCUAUGAGUCACCUGCAUUAUCAGUGGAGAUCAGAGCGUCCUACGAGGUCGGUCAAAUGCUGGGCAAUGGGGAACGAAUUGGACAACUUGAAACAUCGUGGGAUGAGCUACUCGAUCAUGGAGAUGAGCCAUUCGAAUUAUCCUUCCCACCUGUUCGUGGUGUCAAUCCUUCGCUCAAGCUAAAGGCUGUUGUCGUACAUGCUUGUGAUAAUCAGGACGGCGCACUGUUUGAUUCCCUCACAGACUGUGAGAUUGCUCGAGACACAGAUGCGGGCCACGCUCGGUGUGCCGAAUACUGGACCAGCGGGACGGUGUCUCACCUGAACGAUGCCGUCCGGCACUUUCAGUUGGUUCUUGAUCGCUGUCCUGUCGACCAUCUUGACCACGCAGCGGCUCUCACCAACCUCGCGUGGGCCCGUCUUGAAGGCCAUAUUCAAAAUGAUGUUCAAGACAUUGAUACAACUACUUCCCUCCUCCGCGAAGCCCUUGCAUUGCGUCCGCAUGGUCAUCUCGAUCACGCAUUAUCUCUCUAUAACCUCAUUGUCGCAUUGACCUGGCGCUACAGCAUGGAGCGCACCCCCGUCUACAUUCACGAAUCUGUGGAACUGUGCUGCAAGCUACUGCCCCUCUGUCCAGAGGGCACCUACCUUCGUAGCAUGGGCGCAGACAGUGUAAUAGAUUAUGUGAUCAGGAAAUGCAACAAACUUCCAAUCGAUUCAUCUGACGAAGGCAUCCGCAUUCGACGAGUCGUGCUCGAGCUCUGUCCUCUGGGCCAGAAAUACCAUCCAAGAGCACUUGUCAAUCUUUCAUGUGCUCUCAGCGCACGCUUUCAACAACACGGCAGCGUUGAUGACAUAGAUGAAAGCAUACAACUUGAUCGUGAAGCCGUUUCUCUGUGCCCCGAGGGACAAUCUGGCCGUAAUACCUACUUGAAUAACUUGGCACACUCACUCGAGUUCCGCUUUUAUCACCAAGGCAAAUAUCAUGACCUUGAUGAGGCCAUCUUUUGGCGCGAGGCAGUGCUGUGCCUGCACCCUGUUGGGCACGAAGGUCGUGAUUUUUCAUUGAACAACCUAGGGAGCGCCCUCUGCACCCGUUUCAAAGCACACAUUGACAUUGAUGACAUCAACCGAGCUGUGAGCCUCCAUUUCGAGGCACUGAUGUUGCACCCACCUGGGCAUCCACAUCGUGACGAUACACUUCACAACCUUGCCAGCGCGCUCCAAGAGAGAUAUCGCAAAUUGCACGUCAUCGAGGAUCUUAACCAGGCCAUUGAUCUGCAUCGUGAAUCACUUCGGAUAACGCCGCUUGACCAUCCAGAGCGCCAUAGAACUUAUCACAAUUUGAGCUCGGCGCUCUGCUUUCGUUUCACGCGAACCGGGAAGAAUAACGAUGUUGAAGAGGCCAUUCAACUUUGCCAAAAAUCGAUGGAGACUUUGCCACUACUCCAUCCUGAGAGACAUGUGUCUUAUUUCAAACUCCGGGAGGCCUAUAUGUCUCGAUACUGCAUGCAGUACAACCCUGCCGAUCUGUCACUCGCUGUAGAGAACUUCAGACUCGCAUCACGACACCCCACUUGUGGAUUUCCAGGCCGCAUCUUCGAAGCAUAUAUAUGGACUUUUGCAGCGGAGAAGCAUGGUGAUGGAUCCGCACUGGAGGCUUACGCAACGUUUUUCGAGCUUCUGGAUGCUCAUUUGGCAACACGUUCAUCAACCACUUCGCGGCGCGAAGCUGCUGCUGCCUUCCAUUAUACCAGAUCAUCACCUGUAGAUGCAGCAUCAUGUGCCAUCCGCCAUGACGAUCUCCGACAUGCAGUCGAACUAGUGGAGCAGGGCCGUGGUCAACAGUGGUCGUUGGCCUCUCGACUCAAGACUCCAAUUGAAGACCUCGAAUCGGGACAUCCGGAUCUAGCCCACAAAUUUUCUGAGCUGAGCAAGCGCGUUUCCAAUGCCGCUCAGGGUUCUGCAACCAUUGCCGACAGAGCUGCGGCUGAAGUAGCGGAAACAAAGUACAGGAGAAUUACGGCGGAAUGGGAAGCUGUGGUAGCUGAGAUACGCAAUCUUCAAGAUUUCUCGCGGUUCCUGCUCCCACCUUCAUAUGAAGACUUGCAAGCGGCAGCGCGCCAUGGCCCGAUCAUCAUUCUCAUUGCCAGCAAAUAUUCAUGCAACGCCAUCAUUGUCCCGACGUCAGGAGAGCCCCACCAUAUUCCCUUGUCGUCUGUCACUCUCGCAGAUCUGGAGAAUCUUAAGGGUCGCUUCGCCAGGGCGAUACAGCAAGCAUCUAAGAUGGGCCUAACGGAGUCAAGGUCGGACCUAAUAGUCCUCUCGCGGAUAGUAUGGGACGAGAUCAUGCUACCCAUUGUCAACGUACUCGAGCAUGUCCUCGAAUUACCGCGCGGGUCUCGAAUCUGGCUGUGCCCGACCGCGGCUUUCACGUCUAUUCCUCUCCAUGCAGCUCACCCCUUUCAAACGAAAGCAGAUCGCUCUGGGAAGGAGCCUUGCCUGGAGGAUCUCUACAUCUGCUCAUACACGCCGACACUUUCGGCGCUGAUAAGAUCUAGACAGAUGAUGAAGAAUUGUGUACCUCCAUCCUUCGUGGCAGUCGGGCAAGGUCAACCGGGCGGAGGGAAAGGCAAGGCGCUCUUGGCUGUCGAUGGUGAGCUCGAGCUUGUCCAUAAGCUCGUCCCUGCGACGGCCAAUCGUUCCACUAUUUCUGGCGACGCAGCCACACGAGCAGGUGCACUCGAAGCCCUGGAACAGAACACCUGGGUGCACCUCGCUUGUCAUGGCAAGCAGGACCAGGACCAGCCUUAUAAUUCUCAUUUCGUCAUGAAGGACGAACAUCUCACUCUCCUCGACAUCAUGGAGAAAGAUAUCCCGCACGCUGAGUUUGCGUUCUUGUCGGCGUGCCAUACUGCCGUCGGUGAUAAGGAGACGCCUGACGAAGUCAUCCAUCUCGCAGCUGGACUCCAGUUUUCAGGAUUCAAGAGUGUCAUUGGCACACUGUGGGAGGUCGACGACGCUGUCGCAAAACACGUUGUCCAAGCUUUCUAUGAGAAUAUGGUCAAGGAUGUUGAGGAUGGCGGGUUCAUGGACUGUACGAAGGCGGCCUGGGCACUGAACCGUGCUACACACGCCGUGAAGAGCAAAGUGCCGCUCGAGCAGAGAAUGGUUUUCGUUCAUAUUGGAGUGUAGUUCUACGUCUUAUUGCUAUUAAUAUGUCUGGUACAUAUUCACAGGUUGUUGAUCUGCCACGAUCCUCUUUCAUUCUGUCAUUUGUAGUCAUGACCUUCACACC